CCUGCUCACUCACGCUGCACCACCUCACUGGUGCAUUGCCAUGGCCAAGAACGUGGUGGCACUCCUUGGCCUGUUGGCACUUGCAUCAGCGGUGGGGAUGGCAUCCGGGGCCGGCGGCCAUGACUACGCCCUGGCAUUGAAGAAGAGCAUCCUCUACUUCGAGGCGCAGCGCUCCGGCGUGCUCCCGCCCAACCAGAGGGUCACCUGGAGAGAGAACUCCGGGCUCUUCGACGGCAAGGCCAAUGGGGUGGACCUUGUGGGAGGGUAUUAUGAUGCGGGGGACAACGUGAAGUUCGGCCUGCCCAUGGCGUUCACGGUGACGAUGAUGUCGUGGGGCAUCCUGGAGUACGGCAAGCAGAUGGCGGCGGCCGGCGAGCUGCGCAACGCCAUGGACGCCGUCAAGUGGGGCACCGACUACUUCGUCAAGGCCCACCCGGAGCCCGACGUGCUGUACGGAGAGGUGGGCGACGGCGACACGGACCACAGCUGCUGGCAGCGGCCCGAGGACAUGUCCACCAGCCGCCAGGCUUUCCGCAUCGACCCCCAGAACCCCGGGUCCGACCUUGCCGGAGAGACCGCCGCCGCCAUGGCCGCCGCGUCGCUCGUGUUCCGCAGCACCUACCCUGGCUACGCGAACCUGCUCCUCGAACAUUCCAAGCAGCUGUUCGCGUUCGCCGACAAGUACAGGGGGAAGUACGACGCCAGCAUCACCGUCGCUCGGAACUACUACGGAUCCUUCAGCGGAUACGGGGACGAGCUCCUGUGGGCGGCGGCGUGGCUGUACGAGGCGACGGAGGAAGGGUGCUACCUCGAGUACCUUGCCCGCAACAGCGACGCCCUCGGCGGCACCGGCUGGUCCAUCAACCAGUUCGGCUGGGACGUCAAGUACCCCGGCGUGCAGGUCCUCGCAGCCAAGUUCCUUCUCCAGGGCCGCGCCGGCGCGCACGCGGCGACGCUGCAGCGGUACCGGCAGAACGCGGAGUUCUUCGUGUGCUCGUGCGUCGGCAAGGGCGCCGUGAACGUGCCGCGGACGCCCGGCGGCAUGAUGUACCACCAGCGGUGGAACAACCUCCAGUUCGUGACCAGCGCGUCGUUCCUGCUGACGGUGUACGCGGACUACGCGACGAGGCUGCCGGGCUCCAGCGGCGGCGUGCGGUGCCCGGGGGGCGCGGCGCGGCCGUACGAGAUCCUCGCCUUCGUGAGGUCGCAGGUGAACUACAUCCUGGGCGACAACCCGCGGGGCACGAGCUACAUGGUCGGGUAUGGCGGCAGCUUCCCGCGGCAGGUGCACCACCGCGGCGCCUCCAUCGUGUCCGUCAGGAGGGACCCCUCCUUCGUGAGCUGCCAGGAGGGGUACUCCAGCUGGUACCCGCGGCAGGCCGGCAACCCCAACGUCCUGGAGGGCGCCAUCGUCGGCGGGCCCGACGAGUACGACGACUUCGCCGACGAGCGGAACAACUACGAGCAGACGGAGGCCGCCACCUACAACAGCGCGCCGCUGCUCGGCGUCCUCGCCCGACUCGCCGGCUCCUGCGGCACCGGCCUGGAGGAGUACCAGCUGCCGCCCGCCGCGGUUAACCAGACGUCGCCGCCGCCUCACCGCCGCCGCCCUCACCACGCGCCGCCGUCCCCGAUCGAGAUCGAGCAGAACGUGACGAGGACGUGGGUGGUACGGCGCGCGACGUACAACCGGUACUCGGUGACGGUGACCAACCGGUCGAGGAAGACGGUGCGGGAGCUCCACCUCGGCGUCUCGGAGCUCCGCGGGCGGCUGUGGGGCCUCGACAAGGCGCGGUACGGGUACGUGCCGCCCAAGUGGCUGCCGGCGCUGCGCGCCGGCGAGAGCCUCAGGUUCGUGUACGUCCAGCCGGGGACGCCGGCCAACGUGUGGGUCACCGGCUUCAAGCUCGUCUGAAGUCAAGUCACCAAGUGACGGCGGCGCUAGCAAAGCUAGGAUUUGGGUUUGGUGUGUGUUGCAUUGCGUUGCAAUUUGCAGUGCGAUCGAGUCUGAUGGGAGGAUGGAGCGAAGAGACCACGAAUUGUGUGCGAGUGCUCAUCCUCUUCCUCCUGGACUGCGAGUGUGUCGUGUUUUGGUUAGGUUGCAGAGGGAUUUGGAGAGAUGGAGUAAGUGUUCAUCCUCUUGCCCUUGCGAGUUAACGAAUUGGAUGUUGUAUUGGACCCUAUUGAAAAUGCUAA